AAUGUUUCAAACCCAAUAAAUGAGUUUACUAUUCUAAACAAAAGUGUGCUCUCUACAAUAUUAGAUAUUAUACUAUCAUUUUAUUUGUAAGAAAGUCACAACAGGAAAAAAAUAUACCUAUACUUAACAAAUACAUCGCAUAUAAUAUUAUAAGUAAUUCAGAAAGAUGAAAAGUGGAUAGGACAUGUGUUUAAUGUUAAAUUUAGUUUAUCUUUCCGCGAAUAUGGUUUAAAAUACCAUGGCACGCAUUAAAAAAUCGUGUUUCAACUAAGGCCGCGUAGAAUUCGCGGUUGAAUGCUAAUUUUUGUCAAAUAAUAUAUUGAUAACAGUGUUCAAUAUUAACAGCGGUGGUCGUUUCUAUUGUGUGUUUUAAAACUAUUAAAAUGGAAGAAAACAGUGACAACAGAAAAGUGCAGUACUUUGCGUUAAUGGCCGUAUCUUUGGCGUCUCUCACAUGUGGUGUGGCGGUGUACUGGUGUUCUCCGAUGAUACCCAAAUUCAUUAACAACGAACUCAGUUUUGGAAUAUCAAAAGAGGAGACAUCAUGGAUUGCAGCACUGUCGUCACCUGGCUACAUGGCCGGAAGUCUGGCGACCAGCUACAUCGCGGACAGGUUCGGCAGACGAGUCGCCAUACUCGGCAGCGCAAUCCCCAUGACCAUCGGGACAAUUAUUUUGGUCUGCGCCAACCAUGCUUGGAUGAUAUACAUAGUUAGAUUUAUAUGGGGCUGUUCGACCGGAGUUUUUAUGACGGUCUCAGUGAUCUACCUCGUUGAAAUAGCAGAUAAGGACAUCAGAGGGACGCUAAAUGUAGCAAACCGAUUCAUGUUUAACUUCGGUAGUUUCGUGGUGAUGUCUGUUGGACCGUUUGUGGAGUAUAACACUUUGAAUUACAUGCUGUUGGUGCUGCCUAUCGUGUACUUCUCGGUGUGUUGGUGGAUCCCCGAGACGCCUUAUUACCGCUUGAAGGAAGGAAACGUGGAUGCCGCUAGAAAGGAGUUGCUGUUGCUACGCGGAUACAAAGAUCCGAAGGUGCUAGAGGAACAGUUAACUUCCAUGGAAUCAAAUGUGAAGAAAGAGAUGCGCAGGUCUGGUACAGCCAAAGAGUUGUUCACUGGGAGACAGUACAAAAAAGCAAUUAUUAUAGUAAUGGGUUUGAAAUUGACGCAGAUCAUGUCUGGAUCGAUUCCUAUCCAGCAGUACUUCGGUAGCAUAAUACAAGAGAGUAAUAAAGAUAUUCAAUUGUCCACUGCGCUUAUAUUGUUCGGUGGCCUGAGAUUUUGUGCUGGUAUCCUAUCCUCAUUCCUGGUGGACAAAGUGGGACGUCGUCCGAUACUCAUCACAACCUACACCGGAGCGUGUCUGUGCCUCACGACUGUUGCUGUUUACUUCUAUUUCAAAGAAGUUGUCGGCAUCGAGAACGAAUCCACUAGUCCGUACAGAUACAUAACCUUCGUAGGAAUCAACGUUAGCAACGUGUUGGCCACGAUCGGCUUCGAUUCGUUGUUAUUCGUCAUCCCGGCCGAACUGUUUCCUAUUAACGUCAAAUCUGUGGCCAUGACGUGCCUCAAUAUAUUUGGGGGGUGCAUGAACUUCGUCACGGUGAAGGGUUACCAGUCUUUGAAGAACUGGACUGGUUUGAGCGGAGUAUUUGGAUAUUUCGCCGUUUCAGCUCUACUCGGAGCGUUGUUCACCACAUUUAUGGUACCAGAAACGAAAGGCAAAAGUUUACGGCAAAUCCAGGUGGAAUUGCAAGGCAAUAUUUACGACGACGCCGAUGAAAGUUUAAAUAAGGUAUCUUAUGACGUAAAUGGUAAGGUUGAUAUUGAAAUGAAUGAGAUAGCUAACAAUAAAAAGUAGUUAUAGGAUUAUGAGACAUCCGUAUUUGGAAUUUUCAGUGAUAUUUUAUGAAUAACAUUGUUCGAGGUGAGACCACAUGUUAAGGUUGAAUUUUCGUACAUGACGCGUAGGUGGAUAAUUUAGAAAUGUGUUCUAUGGGCCGUAAUUCUGGAUAAUCGUUUUAAUAAUGGUUAGUUAGUAAAUACUUUUUGCAUCGAUCAAUAUAAUGUUUCAAAAAAUAUGAAACAAAUAUAAUUAAGCCCAUCAAAUGACUACUUCUUAACAAACAUUAUAAUCAAUGUUUAAGGUAAUAUUGUUUUAUUAAUUUCUUAUGUAAAUUAAUGUGGUAAAGACAGCAGUCCUAUCGCCUUUAAGCGGCGGGUGGGAGGCUAGCACAGGGUGCUAGAUCCUAGAGAGGGCGUUAAGGAUUCUAAGGAGGGCGCCAAGGUCUCUAGGGACGCCACUGGUUCGAUGCAUUUAGUAGGUACAGUUAAAUAAAUUAGGCUUCGUGUAAAGAAGCGCCGUAAAAAUUUCAUCCAUUGCGUCUAAAUAGCUAAGGCUGGUCAAGGAACAGUGAUUAAAGGUGAUUGUGUAAAUUACUGAAUGUAAAUAUUCAUUGUUAAAUAUUUAUUUUAAGGUCCUUAGAUAUACAAUCAUUAGAUAAACUAAAGAAUUAAAAAUAAAUAUUUAUAUAGAUCAUUGCUUAAAAAUGUAAAUUUAGGUAGUUGGAUGUCCAUUUGCUAAAAUUGUAAUUAUGGAAUUUUAUGCUAUACCUCCAAGGUUUUACAUUACCAUAGACUAUUCUUUUUAAUUAAUUGCUUAUGGAACCGGCUAAGGUCAAAGACUAUGGUGCCAAGUCACAAUUAAGUUACCAAAGACAGCCUCAAGCGAUGUUGUGUUUUGACAAUGUCGAGGCUUGAUUACAGAAUAUUUCCUGUGUCAUUAUUAUUAUAUAAUAUGGUAGAGUUUAUUCGUAUUCGUGAUAUACUUAUGACCUAUUGUGUUGAUUAGUAAUUAAAAAAACGAUUUAAUGGUG